AUGUCUGAUACCAAGGCCGUCAUCAAGAGCGCCGACAUGAGCGAUGAGAUGCAGCAGGAGGCUAUCGAGUGCAGCACACAAGCUCUGGAAAAGUUCAACAUUGAAAAGGAUAUUGCAGCUCAUAUCAAACGCGAAUUCGACAAGAAGUAUGGCACCACCUGGCAUUGUGUAGUCGGUCGCAACUUUGGUAGCUUUGUUACGCAUGAAUCCAAGCACUUUAUCUACUUUUACCAUGGUCAAAUCGCUAUCUUGCUGUUCAAGUCUGCCUAG